AUGGGUAUGCACUACAUCUCCAUCUUCUUCCUCUUGUUCUUGAGUUCUUUAUGCAAAUCGGAUGACCAGCUAACACAAGCAAAGCCACUCACCCACGAUGACAAGCUCGUCUCCAAGAGCGGUGACUUCGCUCUUGGCUUCUUCUCCCCGACCACCUCCAACAAGAGCUUUUACCUUGGCAUAUGGUACCAGAGCCUUCCCGGACCACACACCGUCGUGUGGGUUGCCAACCGAGACAACCCAAUUGUCGCCCCUUUGUCCGCGAAGCUCAUCGUCACCAACAAUUCUCAAAUGGUAUUGUUUGACUCCAGAGGCCACAAUAUUUGGAUGACACCAAGCAAUAUCACUGCUGGAGCGCCAGGAGCUUACGCAGAGCUAAGCAACUCUGGGAACUUUGUUCUCCGGUUGCCAAGUAACACUGACAUAUGGCAGAGUUUUGAUCACCCAACCGACAUAAUCCUUGCAGGCAUGAGGUUUUUGGUGAGCCACAAGGCACAGGUCAUCACGCGGCUUGUUGCUUGGAAGGGCUCGGAUGAUCCAUCUUCUGGGGACUUGUCAAUCAGCGGCGACCCUAGCGCCCCAGACCUUCAGCUUGUCACUUGGAACAAAACUAGGUCAUACUGCCGCACUGUGUGGAACGGUGUGUCAGUGUCCGGUGGCACAUAUCUAUCAAACACCAGCUCCAUCCUUUAUCAGACUGUUGUCAACUCUGGAGACGAGUUCUACUUCACGUACGCUGACAACUCGGUGUACACACGCGUCAUGCUUGAUCAUACUGGCAAGUACAAGUCUCUAGCAUGGAACAAUCACUCGUCAUCAUGGGCACUCAUCAGGGAAUACCCCACUGCUGCAUGCGAGCUCUAUGCCUCGUGUGGCCCAUUCAGUUACUGUGACUUGACUCAAAUGGUCCCAACUUGCCAAUCUCUUGAGGGGUUUGAGACUGUCGAUGAUGCAAACUUUUCUAAUGGAUGUCGGAGAAAGCAAGCGUUGAAAUGUGGUAAUCAAAGUCAUUUUGUGGCCUUGCCUGGGAUGAAAGUUCCUGACAAGGUCUUGCAUAUACACAAUAGAAGCUUGGAUGAGUGCGAGGCUGAGUGCAGGCGCAACUGCUCAUGUGUAGCUUACGCUUAUGCUAACUUAAGCGGGGCGAUAGGUAUGGCUGACCCGUCAAGGUGCUUGGUAUGGUCAGGGGAGCUUGUUGACAUUUGGAAGGCAAUCAAUGGCGGUGAGAGCCUGUACUUAUGGCUUGCUGAUUCUCCUGGUAUUGUUCCACCCCCUCCUUUCUUCCCAAGCACAUUGCAAAAGAAGGAAAAGCAGAAGAAACUGUCACGAUGA